UAGCUAGUUCUUGUCAGUUCAUUACAACAAUGAAGGCUAUAGCUGUUUUAAGUCUUUUGACUAUCAUUGGAAUUGACGCUGAUCCCGUUGGAGUAUGCCCAAGUACUAACGGAGAUUUCGUAGACUUCCUUAUUGAUGACAAGGAUUGUAAUAAAUUUUAUAAAUGUGACUGGGGGAAACCUGUACUAUACACCUGCCCAUCUAAUUUACAUUUCAACUCUAUAUUAAACGUUUGUGAUUGGCCAGAAAAUGCUGGAUGUGACGGAUCAGGUGGACAAUCAACUACAACCAAUCUUCCUACGACUACAAGUGAGUUGCCAACAACACAAGCCCCUCCUUCCAAUUCUGGAGAUUGUGCAUCGGUUACUUGCCCUUACACACCUGGAGACUUCCCGGUUUUCCACGCACAUCCUAAAGAUUGUGGAAGAUAUUGUAAAUGCGAUAACUACGGUACUGUUCAUGACAUGCCCUGCCCAGAUGGAUUACACUUUAAUACUGUAUUAAAUGUCUGUGAUUGGCCACAAAAUGCUGGAUGUGAUGGAUCAGGUACUACGACCACCACUCAACAAACAACUACUCAACAAACCACCACUCAACAAACCACCACCAAAGAACCAACCACCACUGAACAAGAAACCACCACUACAGAAAAACCCACUACUCCACAAGCAACAACAACUACAGAAUCCACAACUGUUAUUAAUGGAACAUGCGCAUCUGUUACCUGCCCCUACACACCUGGAGACUACCCAGUUUUCCACGCUCAUCCUGAAGACUGUGGAAGAUAUUGUAAAUGCGAUAACUACGGUACUGUUCAUGACAUGCCCUGUCCAGAUGGAUUACACUUUAAUACUGCAUUAAAUGUUUGUGAUUGGCCACAAAAUGCUGGAUGUGAUGGAUCAGGUACAACGACCACCACUCAACAAACAACUACUCAACAAACCACCACCCAACAACCAACAACCACUGAACAACCAACCACCACAGAACAACCAACCACCACUGAACAACCAACCACCACUGAACAACCAACCACUACUGAACAAGAAAACACCACCACAGAAAAACCCACUACUCCACAAGCAACAACAACUACAGAAUCCACAACUGUUGAAAAUGGAAAAUGCGCAUCUGUUACAUGCCCCUACACACCUGGAGACUACCCAGUUUUCCACGCACAUCCUGAAGACUGUGGAAGAUAUUGUAAAUGCGAUAACUACGGUACUGUUCAUGACAUGCCAUGCCCAGAUGGAUUACACUUUAAUACUGCAUUAAAUGUUUGUGAUUGGCCACAAAAUGCUGGAUGUGAUGGAUCAGGUACAACGACCACCACUCAACAAACAACUACUCAACAAACCACCACCCAACAACCAACAACCACUGAACAACCAACCACCACAGAACAACCAACCACCACUGAACAACCAACCACCACUGAACAACCAACCACUACUGAACAAGAAAACACCACCACAGAAAAACCCACUACUCCACAAGCAACAACAACUACAGAAUCCACAACUGUUGAAAAUGGAAAAUGCGCAUCUGUUACAUGCCCCUACACACCUGGAGACUACCCAGUUUUCCACGCACAUCCUGAAGACUGUGGAAGAUAUUGUAAAUGCGAUAACUACGGUACUGUUCAUGACAUGCCAUGCCCAGAUGGAUUACAUUUUAACACCGAAUUAAACGUCUGUGAUUGGCCACAAAAUGCUGGAUGUGAUGGAUCAGGUACAACGACCACUACUCAACAAACAACUACUCAACAAACCACCACCCAACAACCAACCACCACCCAACAACCAACCACCACUGAACAACCAACCACCACUGAACAACAAACCACCACCCAAGAACCAACCACCACUGAACAAGAAACCACCACCACAGAAAAACCCACUACUCCACAAGCAACAACAACUACAGAAUCCACAACUGUUGAAAAUGGAAAAUGCGCAUCUGUUACAUGCCCCUACACACCUGGAGACUACCCAGUUUUCCACGCACAUCCUGAAGACUGUGGAAGAUAUUGUAAAUGCGAUAACUACGGUACUGUUCAUGACAUGCCAUGCCCAGAUGGAUUACAUUUUAACACCGAAUUAAACGUCUGUGAUUGGCCUGAAAAUGCUGGUUGCAAUGGAGCCCCACUUCCAACUACCACCCCAAAACCUGAUCCAACUACCGAUGACGUAUUACCCGAAGAAACUACUACCACUACCACUCAAGCACCAAUUACAUCUCCAGUUCCUGGUGAUGAUUGCUCUAGCGUGGUAUGCCCAUCUCAAAAUGGCGAUUUCCCCGUCUUCCAUUCCCAUCCUAAUGUUUGUGACAGAUAUUGUAAAUGUGAUUGGGGAGUAGCGUAUGAUAUGCCAUGCCCUGCUGGUUUACAUUUCAACAACGUUUUGAAUGUUUGCGAUUAUCCUGCUGACGCCAACUGUCCUCAUGCAUAAUUUUUUAGUUUUUGAAGUAUGAGAAUGAAUUUUAUAUUAUUUAACAAUGUAAUGAGUUAAUAAAGAAUUUG